UUAAGAAGGGGGCUGGCCCUGUGAAGAAGCCUGCAAAAGCCCUUGAAAAAACAGUGGAAGCUCCAAAAGCUGCUGCAGAAGAACCUGUGAAAGAGCCUGAACAGCCCCCUGCAUCUCCACCACCAGCUGAAGCUCCACCAGCUCCGGAGGAACCUGCAACACCAACUCCAGAUGAGGCUCCAAAGGAGGAAGAAAAAGAGUCUUACGAUGAAGAUUUGCAGGAGAUGGAGGACUAUUUUCAGGAAAUGUCAUCAUCAUAUGAUGCAGAUUCUGGACUUGCUGACCUGACUGGGUUAUUGGUGCAAAAACCAGAAAGUGUAACGGUGCAAACUGGAAGAGAUUUUGUAGUAAAUAUCUCUGUCAAUGGCAAUAUUCUCACUGCAAAGCCUCAAGUGAAGUGGUUUAAAGGGAAGUGGCUGGAACUAGGAAGUAAAAGUGGCACUCGUUACAAGUUUGAGCAAAAGUACAAUGAAGCAAUCAAGCUCUACCAUUUUCAGCUAAAAGUUUUCAAAGCAGUUAAAGCUGAUAAUGGUUCCUAUAGAUGUGAAGUCAUUGCACCUGGCCAAUGUGAAAACUGCACGUUCACUGUCUCAGUACAAGAAGCAGGCGAUGACGUUAAUAUUCUGCAAGCUUUCAAGAGAACAGGUGGAGAUGGAAGAAAAAGAGAUGAUUCCGGGGAACUUGAUUUCAGUGCCCUCCUCAAAAAAACGGAGAAGAAAGAGCAAAUCGAAAAACAAAAGAAAAAAGGGGAUGAGGAUCCAAUGGAUAGUAUUCCUCCUCAUGUCUGGGAAAUAUUGAAGAACGCUAAGCCAAGCGAGUAUGAAAAGAUUGCCUUUCAACAUGGCGUCACUGACUUGAGAGGCAUGCUCAAGCAUCUGAAGAAAAAAAAAAAGGAAAUCGUAAAAAGUGAAGCAUUUACACGGAAAUUAGAUAACUGCUAUACAGUAGACAAAGGUCAGAAGAUUAAACUGCAAGUAGAGUUGUCAAACCCUGACCUGUCUGUUAAAUGGUUGAAGAAUGGACAAGCUAUAAAACCUAGUGCCAAAUACGUAUUUGAGAAUAUUGGUCUCAGACGAGUGCUGACAAUUAACAAAUGUAGCCUGGCAGAUGAUGCUGAAUACACGUGUGUAAUUGGUGAUGAGAGGUGUACAACUGAACUAUUUGUUAAAGAACCUCCUGUUACAAUUGAGAAGCCACUCGAGGACCAGCAAGUUUUUGUGGGAGAUAAAGUGGAAUUAGAGGUGGAGGUUUCUGAAGAAGGUGCCCAAGUGAUCUGGAUGAAGAAUGGAGUAGAGUUAACUCGUGAGGAGACAUUUAAAUACCGCUUCAAAAAAGAUGGCAAAAAACACAUUUUAAUUAUAAAUGAAGCCACCAAAGAUGACAUUGGACGCUACUCAGUGACGACCAAUGGCGGAGAAUGCGAGGCAGACCUUGUAGUGGAAGAUAAAAAGCUGGAAGUUUUACAGGGCAUCGCUGACUUGACAGUAAAGGCAGCUGAACAGGCUGUAUUUAAAUGUGAGGUUUCCGAUGAGAAAGUGACGGGCAAAUGGCUUAAAAAUGGAGUGGAGAUCAGACCCAGCAAACGCAUCACAAUGACCCAUAAGGGCAGAAUCCACAAGUUAAUUGUUGAUGAUGUCAGGCCAGAAGAUGAAGCAGAUUACACAUUUGUCCCUGAUGGAUAUGCCUUGUCUCUGUCUGCCAAGCUCAACUUCCUUGAGGUCAAGAUUGAAUAUGUCCCUCUUGAAGAACCACCUAAAAUCCAUCUUGAUUGCACUGGUGGAACGCCUGUCAACACCAUCAUUGUUGUGGCUGGAAACAAACUGCGAUUUGAUGUCCCGAUCACUGGAGAGCCUGCACCAACAGUGGCGUGGUUCAAAGAAAAUACUGAAUUUACAGACCUUGAGGGUCGGGUGCAUGUAGAGAUAGAAAAAGAUCAAAGCAGCUUUGUUAUUGACGGAGCAAAAAGAGAGGAUGAAUGCAAUUAUAGGAUUGUAGUGACCAACCCUUCUGGAGAGGAUAGUGCCACUCUGUAUGUCAAAGUAGUAGAUAUUCCUGAUCCUCCACAGAACAUUCAGAUUGCUGGUGUUGGAGAGGACUGGGCAGAUGUCGUUUGGGAUCCCCCAAAAUAUGAUGGUGGUCAACCUAUCUUAGGAUAUCUUAUUGAAAGGAAAAAGAAAGGCAGCCAGCGGUGGAUGAAGAUGAACUUUGAAUUCUACACAGACACAAAUUAUCAGUCAACAAACAUGAUUGAAGGAGUGUUGUAUGAAGUCAGAGUCUUUGCUGUCAACUCUAUUGGUAUUUCGCAGGAAGCGAAUACCACUAAUCCAUUCAUGCCAAUUGCUCCUACCAGUGAGCCUUUGCAUUUGAAAGUUGAGGAUGUCACAGACACCACUUGCACACUGAAAUGGAGGCCACCAGAUCGCAUCGGAGCUGGAGGAAUAGACGGUUAUUUGAUUGAGUACUGCAAAGAAGGAUCUGAUGAAUGGGUUGAGACCAACAAAGAUCUAGUUGAAAGAUGUGGAUACACAGUAAAGGGUCUACCAACAGGAGAAAAACUUUUCUUCCGAGUGCGUGCUUUGAAUAUUGCCGGCAAAAGUGAGCCAGCCGUUCUGUCGCAGCCAGUUACAAUUCGGGAGAUUGUGCAAACACCCAAAAUCAGAUUACCACGGCAGCUGAGACAGACCUAUAUUAAGAGAGUAGGAGAGCAAGUCAACCUAGUUAUUCCCUUUCAGGGAAAACCAAGACCAAAGGUCACAUGGACAAAAGAAGGCCAGCCACUGGAUCCAAAACAAGUCAGCAUCAGAAAUUCAGAAUCAGACACCAUUUUGUUUAUAAGAUCUUCUGAACGGUCUCAUUCAGGGAAAUAUGAUCUAUCUGUACAGAUCGAGAAUAUGGAAGAUACAGCAUCAGUUAACAUUCGUAUUGUGGCAAGUGUCAACAGGGAGACAGGCUGGAUGUCUGUGGAUCCUUGUAGUCUUCCCUGGGUGACCGACGAACGCAAGCAGGCUCUGCUACGGUGGGUCGGCUGCGACGACUCUGUUUGA